AUGGCAUCGGCAGACGUUGAGUCGCCGCGCCCAGAGCGCCGCGAGCGCGACGGCGAAUCUGCCGACGAACGCGACAUCAGCGACCGUCGACCACGCCACGAUAGCGAUGGCGAGCGCCCACGCGAUCGUGGUCGCGAUCGAGCUCGCCCAGAUAGCUACCGUCCAGCGCCCAAGGAACGUCGUCCGAGCCCGCCUGCGAAGACUGAGGAGGAGAAGCAGGCUAUCGCGAAGGCCGAGUACGAGAAGCUCCUUUCGAUGCGAUCCGGUGGCACGUACAUCCCGCCUGCUCGACUGAGGGCGCUCCAGGCUCAAAUUACCGACAAGAGCUCGAAGGAAUACCAGAGGUUGAUGUGGGAGGCGCUGAAGAAGAGUAUCAACGGUCUGAUCAACAAGGUCAACUACUCCAACAUCAAGCACAUCGUCCCCGAGCUGUUUGGCGAGAACCUGAUCAAAGGCCGCGGUCUUUUCUGCCGCUCCAUUAUGAAGGCGCAGGCAGCAAGUUUGCCGUUCACGCCCGUCUUCGCGGCCAUGGCCGCCAUCGUCAACACGAAGCUCCCAGCGGUCGGCGAACUCCUAGUGAAGCGCCUCAUCAUGUCCUUCCGCAAGGGCUUCAAGCGCAGCGACAAGGCUGUCUGCGUCUCCUCUACGACAUUCUUGGCGCAUCUCAUCAACCACCAAGUCGUCCACGAGAGACUUGCUGGCCAAAUGCUCCUGCUUCUCCUGCACAAGCCGACCGACGACAGUGUAGAGAUUGCCGUCAACUUCUUCCGCGAGGUCGGACAACACUUGCAAGACAUGCAGCCCGCGAUUGCUAUGGCGGUUUGGGACCAGUUGAGAAACGUGUUGCAUGAGGCCGAUAUCGAUAAGCGCGUGCAGUACAUGAUUGAGGUGCUCUUCCAGGUUCGUAAGGACAACUUCAAGGACAACCCGCCUAUCAAGGAGGAGCUGGAUCUGGUGGAAGAAGAGGAUCAGAUCACGCAUAUGGUCGAUCUGGAUGGCGAGAUCGAUGUUCAGGAUAGUGUGAACAUCUUCAAGUUCGACCCGCAGUGGGAAGAGCACGAGGAGGCUUACAAGAAGCUGAAGGCUGAGAUUUUGGGAGAGGGCAGUGACUACGAGGAUGAUGACGACGAAGAUGAGAGCUCAGAGGAGGAAGAGGACGAGGAGGAGAAGGCCAUGGAGAUCAAAGACCAGUCUAACACCGACUUGGUCAACCUCCGACGAACGAUCUACCUCACGGUCAUGUCGUCGAUCGACCCCGAGGAAGCAGUCCACAAAUUGCUCCGAGUCAACCUUCCCGCGGGACAGGAGCCAGAAUUGCCCUCCAUGAUUGUGGAGAUCUGCUCUCAGGAGAAGACAUACUCCAAAUUCCACGGUCUCAUUGGAGAGCGCUUUGCUAAGCUCAACCGCUUAUGGACUGGCCUUUUCGAGGACUCUUUCGUCGACUACUACAACAAAAUCCAUCGCUACGAGACGAACAGGUUGCGCAAUAUCGCGCGCUUCUUCGCUCACCUACUGGCUACCGAUGCCAUAGGCUGGCAUGUUCUGUCCGCCAUCCACCUCAACGAGGAAGAGACAACCAGCAGUUCCAGAAUCUUCAUCAAGAUUCUUUUCCAGGACAUUUCCGAGGAGAUUGGCAUGGCGAAGCUCCAAGUGCGCAUGAAGGACGAAAUCCUUCAACCCAGUUUCACCGGCUUGUUCCCAAGAGACAACGCACGCAACAUUCGCUUCUCCAUCAACUACUUCACCAGUAUCGGCAUGGGAGCCCUCACCGAGGCAUCGCGCGAGUACCUUCAGAACAUGCCCAAGCCGGCGUUGCCCGCCCCCGCAGCCGCCGACGAAUCGGACUCCGAGUCGAUCAAGGUCAAGGUCUCCGAGACGCGUCACAGAUCGCAGAAACUCAGUGUCUAG